GUUGCCCCUCCCCUUCCUGGUCCGCUGUUGUCAAUGGGGAGCGAGUCAAGAUGGCGGCGCCCAUGGAAGUAGUGGUUUGUGCCGACUCGUCUGGGCAGCUGUGGAACUGCGCGGUUUAUGAGCUCCACUCCUGGACCAACCUGCUCACGUACCGAGGCGGCAACACUUCGCCUCGAACCCUAGCUGUUCUGAACGGGGAGUACAUUCUGGGUGCCCAGCUCGGCAAGAACUACAUCAGUGUUUGGGAAGUCCAGAGGAAGGACCAGCUGCAGCAAAAGAUUGUGUGCCCUGGGGUCGUGACAUGCCUGACUGCGUCGCCCAAUGGAUUGUACCUGUUGGCAGGGAUUGCUGAGGCCAUCUACCUGUGGGAGGUAAGAAUUACUUGCCUUGUAAGAGUGCUGCCAAAAGUCACUGUUCACUAUAGGGAGUGCAGGUGUUCGCAUUUUUCAAACACAUCUUCUGACAAACUUUCUGGCGAACAGCGGCACCUGUCUGCGCUGUGGAACUUAGCCAGCGUGGUGCAAGUGGAUCCACUGCGGACCCCGGAACCACGACACGUUUGGGCACAGCACUCCCUUCCCAUCACGGACAUCCACUGCGGCCUGAUGGGACCCCAGGCACGAGUGGCCACGGCAUCCCUGGACCAGACUGUGAAGCUCUGGGAAAUCUCCUCCGGUGAAAUGCUGCUAUCCGUCCUGUUUGAUGUGGGCAUCAUGUCUGUGACCUUUGACCCCUGCGAGUAUUCCCUCUUUUGUGGUGGCAGCGAUGGAAGCAUCUUCCAGGUGUCAUUGUACAGCUCGAAUCUCAGUAGAGACAAGGCUUUUCAGCCUGACUCUGAGGGGAAUCAAGUUUUCAAAGGACACAGGAACCUGGUGACUUGCCUCUCGGUGUCUAUGGAUGGCACACUGCUGCUUUCUGGCUCCCAUGACGAGACGGUGAGACUGUGGGACAUUCAGAGCAAGCAGAGUCUCAGAACCCUCAACCACAAAGGGCCAGUCACCAAUGCCUUCAUCAUGCCAGCCCCUGCCAACAUGUUCCUCCCGGACGGCCGCCCCAGCGUCCCACUGCCACGUUUCAGUAGGCACCUGAACACCACAGAGCAGGGAGAGGGUCCCGAGGCAGGGGGGGUCAGCCUGCGCCUUGGGCUCCACACACAGGGCUCAGAAGAAUCCUAUCUGGAGAAGGCUGAAAAGCUAUACUCCAUGAUGUGUGCUAUCACAGACAAGAGGGUGUUCGGCGAUGGCGAGAAUACCAAGGUGCGUGUGGCCGAGCUGGAGGAGGAGGUCAAGACGCUGAAGAAAAUCAACAAGGACCUAUAUGAAUUCUCUUCACAGCUGCUGACCAAGCCCAGCUGAGGACUCCUCAAGAGAAUGGGGCUUUAACCCCAAAUUGGGGGGAGGGGGUGGAAACUUACAGCAUAAGGGAGGCUGUGAGGAUAGGAUGAUUUGAAUUUUGUGGUUCCUACUGCAGUCAGGGGGGAGGGGGGGAUUUUGGGAUACCUGUCCACAAAUGACAGAAACCAUUUCGGUUCUUGCUGUACUACACUGCUGUACAGCUCCAUGGGGCUGUUCAAAAGCCUUGUGUUCUCACAUUUGCCCAUUUGUAAUUCUCAAAGGCCUGAUCUGUCUGAUGCAUUGCCCCAGGCGUCACUCAGCGCCCACCUUUAAAUUGACUAAGGCAAUUAGAAAAAGCCCUGGCUCACUGACCCGUUUCAUAAUUCUACAGCCCUCAGCCUUUCGGAAUUUAAUUUUUCAUAAAACAUUCCAUCUGUUCUUCCCUGAGAGAGGACUGUAGUAUUCACGUCUCGCAUGUAAAUCAUUCAACCAGCUAGUCAAUAAAAUAUGUUCUACUACAGUAUGCGUACUUCAAAAAAACGAUUCGUGGGGAUAACACCUAUGCUCAUCUUAAACAAGGCAAAAAGAAUCUAUGUAUUCCUACUGCGUCAGCUUGCACAGCGAAUGGAAACGAAUGACUGCAGGAUGAGAUAUAGUUUUAUCGGUUAGUACUACUCUCUUGCCAUUGCCUUUAAUCCGCCCAUGAAUUAUAAAGUGCCAUUCAGAAUUGACUAGUUUCCAGGCAGUCCCUGAUACCUGUCAACCAGAACACUGCAAGUGCUGUUCAGCUUCUGCACGACACGGCGCUCCGAAAACAACAGAUCUUUUCCUGGUAGAUUUCGUGGCCCUGUUGGACUUGCCAGAAAAAUAACUAAAAUUGAACUGGUUUGGAUGACCAGCCUACCUUUUCUACAGAUUUACUCUCACUGGCAUUCAGCAAAUAUUGAAAACAGCUGCCAGUUCAGACCAGUUUCCAUUAGUGCUUUGAUGGAAACCUACAACUGACUGCUUUCUAGCUAUUGCAGACUGGUAGUACUGCAGACCCUUCAACACAGGGUCCCGUAACUGUGUUUUCUAUUGAGUAUUCACCUCUUUGUUGACUUAAAUUAAGCACACUUAGAUUGGGAAACGCAGGACUGAAACUGGAAAGUAGGGAAAGAGGAGUUGGUCUUGAUGGUGAAUUAAAUGUGAGGAUUCCUGUACAGUACAUCGUGAUUUGGGACUUGUCAUGUAAUGAGCUGUUUUUUUAAUCAAUUUUCCCCAUUUUGCCUUCAAAAUAAAUAAUUUGAAUUUUCUUUUGGAAAA